ACGUGCACUACUGGUCCUGUUCAGUGCUGCAACACUGUUACAUCUGCUAAGAACGAGGGCAUCCUCCUUGCACUGCUGGGCAUAGUCUUGGAGGACCUCAGCGUUCUGGUCGGCCUCGGUUGCUCUCCCAUCAGUGUCAUCGGGCUCGGGGGUAGCAGCUGCAGCGCGAACCCCGUUUGCUGCGAGAACAACAAUUUCGGUGGUAUCAUCUCCAUCGGCUGCGUGCCCAUCAGCUUGUAG